UAUCCUCUCUCUUAUUCUUGUAAUUCUCUUUAUAGCACAGCCAUUGUUACUCUAUUAUAAAGAGAGAACAAGAGGUAGAGAGAGAUAAAAAAAUAAAUAAAUAAAAAAUGGCUGUUUGCUCCCUCAAUCUCUCUCCUCCCUCUUCUACUUCCAAUCCACCGUCCCUCCCUAUUUCGAAGACAACUCCAGUUGCACGGCCAUGUAAGGAGAGGUCUUGGAGAAGCCAAUGUGUUGUGGGAGUGGCAUGCAUGAUGAUGGGCUUGGAAAUGUCCAAUUUGGUCAUGGUUAACCAAGAACGUGCCAUUGCACAAGUUAUGCAAUCACUUGUGCAAUCUAAUGAUCAGAAGGUUAAUAGAUGGAGCGACAAGAGAUCGUGCCAGCCGUGGCGGCUCAACUCACUGGAGACCAUCGUGCCGGAGAACCUUCCGAGGCCGUCGGCUCGCCGGAGAUGGGAGUCCGUUGGUCAUACUAGCCUUGCUCCGGCAGUUAAAGUUACACUACUUGAAACUAAUUCAAAGUGUUUUUCUUUGUAAAGUUACAACAUUAAGUAUUGAAAAUUAUACUUGUGAAAUCUAUUCUUUCGUGUUCCCGCUUC